AGGGCCGCGAAGCCUCCGAGAAGCUUUGGUUUGAGCGUGUCCUGUGAGGAACCUCCAUUUGUCAAGGGCAACCUCUUCCUCAUCCUGUUUGCAGUACUACCUGUGGUCCCCACUACAGUCAUCAUGCCUCGUGGCCAGAAGAGCAAGCUUCGUGCCCGUGAGAAGCGACGCCAGGCCCGUGCUAAAAACGCACAGGAGAAAGAAGCCUCUCCAGAGCCUUUCUAUGAGACACAUCAGGCUAUUCCUGUUGCCGGUACGCCUACACCUCCCAACAUACCAAUGGGAGAACAGUCUACAGGUGACCAAAACCUAGAUGAGAAAAGUUCAGAUGACUCUGACAUUGAAGAAUGGUGUAAAGAUCCUAUUAACAACAAAGUCGUCUUACUGGUGCAGUUCCUGAUAGAGAAGUAUCAAAAGAAAGAGGUUGUUACAAAGGCAGAUAUGUUGAAGAAUGUUAUCAAAACUUCUAAGAGCCACUUCAAUGAGAUCCUAAAGAGAGCCUCAGAGCACAUGGAACUGGCAUUUGGUGUUGAUCUGAAGGAAGUGGAUCCAAACAGGCACUGCUAUGCCCUGUUUAACAAACUAGAACAUACCUUUGAUACAGUGAUAGGUGAAGAAAAAAUGCCCAAUAGUGGCCUCCUAAUGAUUGUGCUGGCUGUGAUAUUCAUGAAAGAUAACUGUGCCACUGAAACUGAGAUCUGGAAUGUGCUGAAUAUGAUGGGUGUAUAUGCUAAUAGAAAGCACUUCAUCUAUGGAGACCCUAAGAAAGUCGUAACUGAAGAUAUGGUACAGCUAAAGUACUUGGAGUACCGACAAGUACCCAACAGCAAUCCUCCAUCCUUGGAAUUCAUGUGGGGUCCAAGAGCCUCUGCUGAAAUCAGCAAGAUGAAAAUCUUGGAGUUCUGGGCCAAGAUCCAUGAUACUACACCAGAUUCCUUCGAAACCUUGUAUGAAGCAGCUCUGAAAGAUGAAGAAGAGCGAGCCCAAGCCAGGGCUGCAGCCAGGGCUCGUACAGGUGCAAAGGCCAGUUCAUAUUCAAGAGCCAUGAUGUGCAGCUCCUCCCAUGCUAAGUAAUAUCUAAGGCUAUUUCUUCAGUAUUUGUAAAGGUCUGUAAGCUACCUAAUAGUGGAAGGUUUAUAUGCUGUGAAGGGAGCAAGUGCUUAUAAUAUUUCUAUUUCUCUUUUAUAUUAGUAACUUCCAGUUUUCCCCUUUUCCCUCUCUUAAUUCUAGGUUGCAAUCAAAGUUUGAAGUCUGGAGAAGAUUUUUCUUUGUGGAAACUAAAGACAAUGGACAAUUUAAAUGGUAGAAGGAGCACACUGAAUAUCAUUGUUGCAUUCUUCUGCCAUAUUUAAGUUUCAUAUUAGUUUUUAUGUGUUAUAUUUCAUACAUUUUUUUAAAAAGGUUUCAGUACUUUUAAAAUGUGAAAUAAGUAAUGCAUUUCCUUAUACAUUUAUUGUCUAGAGCUGUUUGGGGGAAGAGUGACUUUUCUUUAGGGUUGUGACCACUGUGUUCUCCAUGUCCCAGUGGAUGACCCUACACCUGGGCCCAUACGGGUAGCACUAACUGAACUUUUUUUUUUUUAGAGAUGUAUUAGAAGAAAGAGUUAUGUAUCAGUUAGAAUUUACCAGUUUGUUCAAUAUUAGUGUCUUGUUGGCUCAGUGAGUAAAAUCUGGGUUAAAAUAUAGUCAAUGUUAAAUAACAUUGAGAAAGCAUAAAUAGAAAAAGAAAAAUGAGAGGAUACUUAGUUCUUAGUUUUCUUUAUUUCAGUUCACUGUAUACAAAUAAAAUGUAUAUACUUUGAAAUGUUUUACUAAGUAAUUUAGGUGAUAAUAAACUUUUUAAGCAGUAA